AUGACUAUCGGGCCUGCUGUUCUCAGAUUCCUCUCCGAUUGCGUCCAGGACAUCCUAUCGUUAUCGUCGAGUACCACCUCCCUCUAUCGGGAUUAUGCACCUUCGCCCAAGAGCAAAUCAUUUAGCCCCCGUGCUCUCUCUCCGUGUUUCCCCCUCUCAUGCGAGCCAGUCCUUGCCGCUAUAGGAAAGAAAGCCCUCCUUCCUACCCGGCGCUUUCAGCAGGAAAUUCGCCAUCCAUACAUUGGCCCUGUUGGUGCCUCCGUAGUCACUCUCUUAGUGAUCGCAUCUCGAUCAAGUUCAUCGAACGUGUCUAGUUCAGAGCCGCACGUCGCAUAG